CUUUUGCAGACAUGUCCAACCCGUUGGUUCACCCCAGUCCUACGAAGGAAUCAGACACAAAUGACUCACUUAACAUAUUCCAUCGAUGGAGUGAGCUACCAUCUGAACUAAAGAUAAAAAUCUUGCGAUACACUUCUUUCCACACCGUCAUGCGAUUCAUGCUUUUGAGCAAGGAAUCGUAUGCUUUGGCAUCGAGGACAAAACUUCGCAUUGAUUACAUCCAGAUCAGCGAGCCUGAACGUCGGGGAACGCUUCCGUACGAGGGUCGUGUAUACAUAUCUGUGUUUCCAAUUUUGGACCAUUUCGCCCAAUUGGAAGCAAACUUUGCGUUGCAGUUUUCUCCGAAUGCGAAUUUUGGAGGAUCCUACGUUGCCCAACAAAUAGGUCCUCGGGAGACGCCAUCAACGAAGCGUUUAUCUUACGAUGAAGACUACCGAUUCAAAGCAGUGCAGGUGCUUCUUCAAUAUGCGGAACUGUUCGAUUUGCGAGCCAUCCUGGUGUCUAUGACUUCGAUCACUCCAUCUACGCACGAACUUCUGCAGAAGCAGACAAUGACGUCGCAGGUGCUGACAAAUUAUCUGGAACUCCGCACAGAAAAUAGAGCUCUCGUAUUCGACUUGGUUCGCUUGCUGCCUCCCAGGUGCACAAUUGUUAUAUGCCCAAAUGGUGUUGUCGAGCCCGAUAUAUUUCUGGAUAGUAAAUUCUUCGAUCUCGAUGUGGUGAAGUUGGCUAGCGAUCUUCGUAUCAGUGUGAAAAGUGGGCUUACCGAUGACCAGCUGGUCAGGUUGCAAGCAAAUAUCUUGCGAAUAAGCUCUGCAUACAUAACCAGUGCGGGUAUCAAUCGCUUGAUCUUGGACUGGAUAGCAGGAAAACGGAAAAUCACCGAUAUUCUUGUGAAAACGGAGAAGUAUUUGCGAAGUAAAGAGAUGUUUCAUGGUGUUGCUCCUGCGAACCUGGAUAUGAUAGAUGAAUCAGUGGAAGGGGGACUUCAAGAUCCCCCGUUCCGAUUUUGCCUGCACAGUCAGUUUGGAAACUUGUCAGGAUUCCUAGGAGAUCAUAUCUGCAGUCUGAGUGAUCUGUAUCAGUCUGCAGGAUUGACACUUUUACCAACCUUUUUCUCUGCCACGGUUUCUCAUCGGAGGGAUUCUAGAGUCGAAAUGAGCUUAUCUUCUCAGUGACAUCCUAU